UGUGGGCGGUUAUAAACGGCAGCAUAAAACGGAACCUGAAGAAUAUUCUGUGUCAUUCCACAAGACAUAGCGUGAGGGAUGGUGUUCUGUUACAGGAGAUGGCUUUGUACAUUCUGAUGGUCCUGCUGGCUGGCCUUGUCACUGCUCGGGACUCAUGUGAUUAUCCAUCCCUUCAUGAGAAGAAGCUGAGUAUUCUGAAUCUUCUGGCCUGCUGGAAAGAUGACUAUGAUUGUUUCAGUCAAUCAAACAACAUUGUGGACAACAGCUACAGGUAUAGGAGCUGCAAAGAAAUUAAGCAGUCUCACUCUGGUUCCAGAGAUGGAAUCUACACUCUUACCAGCGCCGAUGGUGUGUCUUAUCAAACCUUCUGUGACAUGACCACCAAUGGAGGAGGUUGGACUUUGGUAGCCAGCGUCCAUGAAAACAAUAUGCUUGGGAAAUGCACUGUUGGCGAUCGCUGGUCCAGCCAACAGGGGAACAAUGAAAAUUACCCUGAAGGAGAUGGCAACUGGGCAAACUAUGCCACAUUUGGGCUUCCGGAUGGAGCCACCAGUGACGACUACAAGAAUCCUGGCUAUUAUGAUAUAUCUGCUAAUGACGUGGGGAUAUGGCAGGUGCCAAACAAGACACCAAUAUUGAAAUGGAGGGAUUCCGCCCUUCUACGAUAUCGCACAGAUAAUGGCUUCCUAUCUGCUGAGGGUGGAAACCUCUUCCAACUGUACAAGAAAUACCCAGUUAUAUACAAUACUGGCAGUUGCCCAGCAAACAAUGGACCUGCAGUACCUGUUGUGUAUGAUUUUGGCAAUGCAGAGAAGGCAGCAAAUUAUUACUCACCAAAUGGAAGAAAUGAAUUCACUGCUGGUUUUGUCCAAUUCCGUGUGUUUAACAAUGAAAAAGCAGCACUGGCAUUAUGUCCCGGAGUGAAAGUGACCGAUGGCUGUAAUUCGGAACAUUACUGCAUUGGAGGUGGCUACAUUCCAGAGGCAAGCCCCAGACAGUGCGGAGACUUUGCAGCAUUUGACUGGGAUGGAGUUGGUACACACACUGGAUGGAGUACAAGCAAGGCUAUUACUGAGGCUGCUGUACUUAUCUUCUACCACUGAUCUACCUGCCAUUUUAAAAAUUGGAUAAAUACAGAAACAUUUAAGAACAGAAGAGAAAUUAUCUUUUUACAGAACCUUGUGCCUCAAACCACAACAAAAUCAGAGAUAUAAUUAAAUUUCAAAUAUAUGGCCCAGAUUUAUCAGGUCUUGGGGAGUGAUAAAUUGCACAGUGUUAAAUAGUACCA